UUGCAUAUUUGCAUUAGUAUAAUAUAAGAAAUGGGGAUGAUAAGCGAUCAAAGACAGAAGAGGAUAAGUGCAGAAGCUGAUUAUUGAAAUCCCAUUUCUCCACGUUAGGUUUUUGGCAAAGUUGAACACCUACCAAAAAAGGUCAUCAAGAAUGAAGCUCAUUUGGUCACCGGAGACGGCGUCGAAAGCUCUCAUCGACACCGUCAAAUCUUGCGAGAUCUUCAACGAAUCAAGUGCGGCGGAGCUGGUUUCGGCGAUGGCGGCGGGGUGGAACGCGCAGGUGGUGGUGGAGACGUGGCGGCGGGGCGGGGCGAUCGCGGCGAGCGUCGGCCUAGCGGUGGCGGCGCGGCACAGCGGGGGGAGGCAUGUAUGCGUGGUGGCGGACGAGGAGUCGAGGGCAGAGUACGUGAAGGGGAUGAGGGAGUCCGGCCGCGCAGCUGAGGUGGUGGUGGGGCGACCGGAGGAGGCCAUGGAGGGGCUCGAGGGGAUCGAUUUCCUCGUGGUGGACUGGCGGCGGAAUGAUCUCGCCAGAAUUCUGAGGGCGGCCAGGUUGGGACGGAGAGGGGCGGUUGUGGUGUGUAAGAACGCUAGUUCCGACGCUGCCGACGAUUUCCGCUGGCGGCAGGGGAAGUUGAGGAUCGUGCGGUCGGUGUUCUUGCCGGUGGGGAAUGGACUGCACAUCGCACAUGUUGGCGCCGCCUCUGGUGCUGCCGUGGUCACUGGCCGGAGCAGGUGGAUCAAACACAUUGACAGCCAGUCAGGAGAAGAGAUGGUUUUUAGGAGAUGAACUUUCAGUUGCAAUCAAUGUUACCUUCUUAACUGCGCCUUUUUUUUCUUAGCUUUUGUAUAAAUGUACAAUUUGUAUAUAAGGGAGAAGAGUUGACUCUUUACAGAAUCCACCACUAGUGGAUCUGCUUUAGCCUGAAGACAGAAAGAGAGAGAGAGGGGGGAUGAAUGAGUAAAAAUAAGGUGCCAAAUGCACCCAAGUAGCAAAUCUUUAUGAUGCAGUUGACAUUAAAUAAAACUAUGAAACUGUAUAUUGGAAGGCCAUUUAAGAUAUGUGGUACUCCUACAGGAUAGAUAAACUGCAUAUAUAACAAUGAGAUACUAUUAUUUAGUCCCAA